AUGACUACCGCCACCACUCCCGCCACCUCAGCUGCUGCCGUCCCCACCGGCAAAACCAUCAAGAUCGACAUUGUCAGCGAUACCGUUUGCCCUUGGUGCUACGUCGGAAAGAAGCGUCUCGAGAAAGCAAUCACAGCAUUUAAGGCAGCACCCGAGCACAAGGACGUUCAGUUCCAGAUCGACUGGCACCCUUACCAGCUCGACCCCUCGGCCUCGCGAGUCCCCAUCAAGAAGAUGGAUAUGUACGCCAACAAGUUUGGCGCCGCCCGCGCACCCCUGAUCCGCGACCGGAUGAUCCAAGUCGGUCAAGAGGAAGGCAUCAACUUCAGCUACAACGGCAGCGUCGUCAACACUCUGGAUUCCCAUCGUCUUAUCGACUAUGCUACCAAGCGCGGUAAGCAGGACGAAAUUGUUGAGGAGUUGUUCCGAAACUACUUUGAGGAGGACAAGUGUGGCGAGGUUCCUACGUUGAUUGACUCUGCGGUCAAGAUUGGGUUGGACCGUGGUGAGGUAGAGAAGUUCUUGGCCUCGAAUGAGGGUGUCAAGGAGGUUCAGGAUGAGAUUGAGAGGUCCAAGGCUGAGGGUGUCCAGGGUGUGCCCAACAUUACAAUUGGCGACAAGUAUGUCCUCUCUGGAGCUCAGGAGCCUGAUACCUUUGUUGAGGUCUUCAACCGCAUCACCAAAUAA